CCAAAACAAAAAAACAGCAAACCCUCCUCUCCAAAACAGAUUCUUUUGCGGAUUUUUUUCCUUGUGUGUGCAACUACCAUGCGUCAAAGCACUCUUCUGCUCGUUGCCGUCGCCGUGAUGGCAUGCGUUGGCGGCGCGUUUGCCGACUCUGCGUACAUUCUCGCUUCCAAGUCGAUCCUGAACAACUACCUCGUCGAGAACAUGGACAUCACCAUCCAGUACUCCCUCUUCAACAUUGGCGAAGGCGCUGCCUCGUCCAUCCAACUCCUCGACUACUUCCCCCAGGAGGGCUUCAACAUUGUUGCCGGCUCGACCUCGGCCAAGUGGGACCACCUCGCCGCCGGUGCCAACGUGACCCACCUCGUCGUCGUCCGCCCCCUCAGCCACGGCCGCUACAACUUCACCUUCGGCCAGGUCUCCUACCUCGAGACCGCUGAUGCCUCCGACCCCGUCGUUGCCCUGACCAGCGCCCCCGGCGUCCAGCAAAUCUACCCCUUCAACGACUACGACCGCCAGUACGCCUCGCACAUUCUCCAGUGGGCCGUCUUUGCCGUUGCCACCGCUGUCCUCGUCGGCGGCCCUGCCUUCCUCUACCUCGGCUCGCGUGCCAAGUACGUUGCCGUUGCUGCCGAAGAGAAGAACCGCAAGCAGCGCUAAUUUAACCAGAAAAGAUGCAUUUUUGAUUUUGAAAACAAAACAAAAGAAAAAAGGACCACAAAACAAAAAUCGUUGAUGCAGCUUUGCUUUUGCUUUCGCGUUUCCCCCACAACGUCUGUUGCAUCGUACAUUAGCAAAAUACAAAAGAUUAAAAGUUGA